CCCUCUACGCAGAGGUAAUGCAAGGGGUUGCGAAGAUCUGAGACAGAUGAAAACAGCUGUACUUGAAGACCCAUAAUGCAUUUCGGCGAGCAUACUGUUCUGAUUUUCAGGCUUUGCAGUACAUCCACAAUGGCUGCGCGAAAUCACUACGCGAUCCUUUAAUAUGCACCCAGCUGAAAAAGCCGAGGAAAAGGGUACCACUGGACCAGUCUCAAAAUGACCACCGGCUUCAGCUCGAAUUCAUGUCGAUUCGCAGAUUAUUUUGUUAUCUGCGGACUUGACACUGAAAGCGGGCUUGAACCAGACGAACUGUCAGCUUUAUGCCAGUAUAUAGAGGCUACUAAAUUCAGAGAUGGGGCCAGAGGAUUGGCGAGUGCAGAUGAAGGUGAGAAUUUUGAGCAGAGUCCACUGCGGAGAACCUUUAAGUCCAAAGUUCUAGCGCACUACCCAGAGAAUGUGGAGUGGAGUCCCUUUGACCAGGAUGCCGUUGGCAUGCUGUGUAUGCCAAAGGGUCUGGCCUUCCGCACGCAGGCGGACACACGCGAGCCUCAGUUCCAUUCCUUCAUCAUCACGCGGGAGGACGGCUCGCGGACGUACGGCUUUGCCCUCACUUUCUACGAGGAGGUGACCAGCAAGCAGAUCUGCAGUGCCAUGCAGACCCUGUACCACAUGCACAAUGCCGAACAAUACGACAUCCUGCACACCCCCACCACCCCGCGGUGCCCCGAGGACCAGCGCCACCUCCAUCCCCACCCUCUCAACCCCCACCCCCAACACACGCUUCUCCCCACGCCCUCCAUCUCCCGGCUGCAGCGCUUCAACUCCUACGACAUCAGCCGCGACACGCUCUACGUGUCCAAGUGCAUCUGCCUCAUCGCGCCCAUGGCCUUCCCCCAGGCCUGCAGGAAGGUGCUCCAGCAGCUCCACCAGGCCGUCUCCUCCCCCCAGCCCCCACCCCUCCCCUUGGAGAGCUACGUCUACAACAUCCUGUACGAGGUGCCCCUGCCUCCCGCUGGGCGCUCCCUGAAGUUCUCGGGGGUGUAUGGGCCAGUGGUGUGCCAGAGGCCCAGCACGGCAGAGCUGCCUCUCUUUGACUUCCCUAUCAGCCAGGUGUUUGAGCUGCUGGGGGUGGAGAACGUCCUCCAGCUGUUUACCUGCACCCUGUUGGAGAUCCAGAUCCUGCUCUACUCACAGCAUUACCAGAGGCUGAUGACUGUGGCGGAGAGCAUCACAGCCUUAAUGUUCCCUUUCCAGUGGCAGCAUGUCUAUGUGCCCAUCCUGCCCGCCUCACUGCUGCACUUCCUGGAUGCCCCAGUGCCCUAUCUGAUGGGCCUACACUCCAACGGAGAGGGUGACCGCACCAAACUAGAGCUGCCUCAGGAGGCCAACUUGUGUUUCGUGGACAUCGACAACCACUUCAUCGAGCUGCCAGAGGACCUCCCUCUGUUCCCCAACAAGCUAGAGUUCAUCCAGGAGAUCUCCGAGGUGCUGUUGGCCUUCGGUGUGUCUCCGGAGGGGAACCCGCUGCACAGCCAGGGCCAGGCCAAACACCGGGGCUUCCGCUCCACCGACAUGGUUACGGACAGACGCAACGGCAACCUGGCCAGCUCGCCCCUCAACUCCUACCUGCUGAGGGAGAACGAGACCAUCGCUAGACUGCAGGCCCUGGUCAAGAGGACUGGGGUCAGCCUGGGGAAGCUGGAUGUGAGGGAGGAUGCCAGCAGCAACAAGGACCUGAAGGUGCAGUGUGAUGAGGAGGAGCUGAAGAUGCACCAGCUCAACAUCCAGGUGCGAGAGGUCUUCGCCAACCGCUUCACCCAGAUGUUCGCCGACUACGAGGUGUUUGUCAUCCAGCCCAACCAGGACAAGGAGUCCUGGUUCAGCAACAGGGACCAGAUGCAGAACUUUGACAAGGCAUCCUUCCUCUCUGAUCAGCCUGAGCCCUACCUGCCGUUCCUGUCCCGUUUCCUGGAGACUCAGAUGUUCGCCUCCUUCAUCGAUAGUAAGAUCCUUUGCCAUGAUGAUGAGGACAAGGAACACACGUUGAGGGUGUUUGACUCCCGCGUGGACAAAAUCCGCAUGCUGAACGUGCGCACGCCCACCCUGCGCACCUCCAUGUACCAGACGUGCACCAAUAUCGACGAGGCGGACAAACUCCUUCAAAAGCGAUAUGAGAAAAUUUAUUUUGUCUCCCCUGAACCUCACUCCAUUGGGUUAGAGAUCUACAAGGCUCACCUUAAGAAGGCCAUAGAGAUGCGGGUGGUUAAGAUCGACCACACGGCCCUGCAUCCCCACCUGCUGGAUAUGAAGAUUGGCCAGGGUCGCUACGAACACGGCUUCUUCCCCCGGCUGCAGUCUGACGUGCUCUCCACUGGACCCGUCAGCAACAAAUGGGCGAAGAGGAGUGCUCCAGCACAGUGGAGGAGGAAGGACAGACAGAAACAACACGCUGAACACCUUUACCUGGACAACGACCAGAGAGAGAAAUACAUCCAGGAGGCCAGGAACCUGGGCACUACCAUCCGGCAGCCCAAGCUGUCCAACCUCUCCCCUUCCGUCAUCGCUCAGACCAACUGGAAGUUUGUGGAGGGUCUGCUGAAGGAGUGCAGGAAUAAGACCAAGCGCAUGCUGGUUGAGAAGAUGGGCAGGGAGGCGGUGGAGCUGGGUCAUGGGGAGGUCAGCAUUACAGGCGUGGAGGAGAACACACUUAUCGCCUCCCUUUGUGACCUGCUGGAGAGGAUCUGGAGCCACGGGCUGCAGGUCAAACAGGGUAAAUCUGCCUUGUGGUCCCACCUGCUCCACUAUCAGGAGAGCAAAGAGAAGACGGAUGCAGCACCGGCCGGUUUGGGUCACCCAGGUCUCAUCCACGACAUAGAGAGACGCAAGUCUGACGCUGGCGCUGCCUUGGCCCCUCUCAAGGUAUCCCUGAUCAGGGACAUGAGACACAUCCAGAACAUUGGGGAGAUCAAGACAGACGUGGGCAAGGCCAGGGCCUGGGUGAGGCUCUCCAUGGAGAAGAAACUGCUGUCCAGGCACCUCAAAAAGCUGCUGUCUGACCAUGAACUUACAAAGAAACUAUACAAGCGUUAUGCUUUUCUGCGCUGUGACGAUGAGAAAGAGCAGUUCCUGUACCACCUCCUCUCCUUCAACGCUGUGGACUACUUCUGUUUCACCAAUGUCUUCACCACCAUCAUGAUCCCAUACCAUGUGCUGGUGAUUCCCAGUAAGAAAUUAGGAGGCUCCAUGUUCACAGCCAACCCCUGGGUGUGUGUGUCUGGGGAGCUGGCUGAGACCGGGGUGCUCCAGGUCCCCAAGCACACUCAGGAGAUCACCUUUGAGUGCCAGAACCUAGGCAAGCUGACCACAGUGCAGAUGGGCCAUGAUAACUCAGGUCUUUACGCCAAGUGGCUUGUGGAGUAUGUUAUGGUCCGGAAUGAGAUCACAGGUCAUGCUUACAAGUUCCCGUGUGGCCGGUGGCUGGGGAAGGGGGUGGACGAUGGAAGUCUGGAGAGGGUCCUGGUGGGAGAGCUAGUGACACCAAACUCAGAGAACGAGGACAGAAUGUGUCGUACGCCCCCCAUGCAGCAGUCCCCUGGGAUGAUGAGGAGGUUUGUCACCAUCUCACCAAACAGCAAACCAAAGUUGAACACUGGUCAGAUCCAAGAGGGAGUGGGAGAGGCCAUCAAUGGGAUAGUGAAGCACUUCCACAAGCCAGAGAAGGAGAGGGGCAGUCUGACCCUUCUGCUGUGUGGGGAGUAUGGUCUAGUCUGGGCUUUAGAGCAGGUGUUCCAGCAUAGCUUCAAAUCCCCACGCCUCUUUAAGAAUGUCUUCAUCUGGGACUUCUUAGAAAAGUCACAAGUGUACUUUGAGAGUGCUGAGCAGAGGGAGGUGACUCCAGAUGAGAACUGGCAAACCAGAGUACGCCACUUCUGCCGCUUUAUGCGGGCCAUCAACAGCACAUCUAGGAACAUAGGCAAGGAUGGGAAGUUCCAGAUGCUGGUGUGUCUGGGUGCCAGGGACCAUUUGUUACACCACUGGAUCGCUCUCCUCGCAGACUGUCCAAUCACAGUGCAAAUGUACGAAGACACAGCACUGAUAAAGGACCGCUCAUUGGUAAAUUCUCUGAUCAGAGUGCUACAGACUUUGCAGGAGUUCAACAUUACCCUAGAAGCUUCACUUGUCAAAGGGAUCGGUAUCUAGGCCCUCCUUCGUUCACACCAAUUGGACCUGACUAAGGAAGACUGUUAGGAAAACUAAAGAUCAAUUUAACCUUUUUAUGCAGAAAGAGACUUGAACAAUUAAGGGACGAUUUCUGGCUUAUAUUAAAGCUACUGUUACAUUUGCCAUAUAUUAAGUGCAAUGAGCCUUUCAAAAUGUGUUGUUAUUUUUAUCCUCAACAAUGUUGCUGUUAGACGUUAAGAAUAUGUUUUCUAUUACGAUCCGUGACUUUCACUUUGUUGAAGAAGAUAACACACCUGUUGUAUACUACUUUAUUGAAAGCUAAAUAUUUUCAUUGUUAUUGUGAACUGCUGACAACGGCUAUAUUCUAAAAAGGAAAACAAGGAACAAAAACUGUUAAUAUAUUUUCGGAGAAGAACAGUAUUAUUUUGAUAUGUCUGUCAAGUUGCUUGCUCUGUUCUAAUUCUAACUGUCAUAAUGCAGAGCUUGAAGCAAAUGAUGCAGAAGUAUGCUUUAUAAGUAUGAAUAUGACAUGGUAUAGAUGUUUGUGUAGGGUGGGAAACUGAUUCACCUACAUCAAUAUGACAGUGGGUAAGUUUGGAUCAAUCCCACUGGAAGUACUGUAGGAUGCAACUAUUUUAUAUGGAUAACUUGGCCUAAGAAGAGGCUCCUGAAUAAGAUAAUGUAGCGUAUGUGUAACGGAUGUGAAAUGGCUAGCUAGUUAGUGGGUACGCGCUAAUAGCGUUUCAAUCAGUUACGUCACUUGCUCUGAAACCUAGAAGUAGUGUUGCCCCUUGCUCUGCAAGGGCCGCGGCUUUUGUGGAGCGAUGGGUAACGAUGCUUCGUGGGUGACUGUUGUUGAUGUGUGCAGAGGGUCCCUGGUUCGCGCCCGUGUUGGGGCGAGGGGACGCCGUAAAGUUAAACUGUUACAUUGAUGCUGUUGACCCGGAUCACUGGUUGCUGCGGAAAAGGAGGAGGUCGAAAGGGGGGUGAGUGUAACGGAUGUGAAAUGGCUAGCUAGUUAGCGGGUACACGCUAAUAGCGUUUCAAUCAGUUACGUCACUUGCUCUGAAACCUAGAGGUAGUGUUGCCCCUUGCUCUGCAAGGGCCGCGGCUUUUGUGGAGCGAUGGGUAACGACGCUUCGUGGGUGACUGUUGUUGAUGUGUGCAGAAGGUCCCUGGUUCGCGCCCGUGUCGGGGCGAGGGGACGGUUUAAAGUUAUACUGUUACAUAUGCUAGUGAUGCACAAUAUGUAUUCAGUUGGAGAAGUAUCGCCAUACGGCCAUGUCAGUGCUUCACACUUGACACACAACUCUUCAACAGUACAGUACUCAUCAUAACCAUGGCUUGGUAGAAAGUGAAUCAUUUAUAAAAUGACAGCCUUCGUGUAAAUACCUCUAACCAGUGCAUCCUUCUUUCCAACAACUUCUCAUUAUUCCACACCUGUUCUGCCCAUUCCUGGCAGGUUUACAACAUGUCUGUUCAGUAGUGAGAAUUGAAUGAGCUGAUUGCAAGUUAAAUUAAUAAUGAGUGGUACAUAUGGUUGCUAUAAAAGGCCAGAUUCAAAAUAGAGCAAACGAUUCUCCUCUGAACUGUUGGCGUUUCUGCUAUGCAAUAUAAUCCACAUCACAAAAAAAUCUACCCAAGAUCUAGAUGAGAAUCAUUGGACCUCCUCCAUUUUUCUUACUGAUGAUGAAUAACAAUAGCAGUUUGAUAGAAGUAGGUGUGAAGGAUGUCUUUCCUGUGCCAAUGUCUGGAUUGUGUUGGUUGUACUAUUCCAUGUACAAUCGAAAUGAGCAUCUUGGGAGAUAUAUUUUUGUUUUUCAAUACUGUUGUACAUUUGACAUAGCCGUAUAAUGUAGUGUUUACUAAGUGAGGAAAUGUGUACAGUGUAAAAAAAACAAAUAAAGAAUAAAAUUACAGAAAUGCAGUAA